GACCCCAAGCAUUCUCAACCACGACCCCACUGACAAGAAACCCAAGAAUGAGAAAUCCCCUGUCUCCCUCAAACACGAGUUCGACCCGACAGGUCUUGUCCAGCGGUGUGUGAUAAUCCAGAGAGAUGAAAAUGGCUUUGGACUGACUGUUAGUGGAGACAAUCCUGUGUUUGUGCAGCUGGUAAAAGAAGAUGGAGCUGCGAUGCGAGCCGGUGUUCAGACAGGAGACAGGAUCAUAAAGGUUAAUGGGAGUUUGGUCACACAUUCAAACCACAUAGAGGUUGUAAAGCUCAUAAAAUCGGGUUCAUAUGUAGCCCUCACAGUGCUGGGGAGGCCUCCGGGACUCCCUCAGAUCCCCCUCGGGGAGGAAGAGGAGGAGGUGAAGGAGGACGGAGCAGAGGUCAGCACACCCUCCUCUCUCUCUGCGCCGCACUCACCUGCUCUGCCAGGUGGGGAGAAAGGCAACCCAGCCUGUAGCCCCUCUCUAGCUGACGGGGACGAGAACAAAACCACACUCAGCCAGAAGGCCGACAUCCUGCAAAAGAUGCUAACCAAGGAGCAACAGGACCUGCAGGCAAAGGAGGAGGAGUACAGCAGAAACCCUCGGCCUAAACUACUGAAGGAGAUCCAAGAGGUCAAAAAGCACAUUUCUGUUCUGCAGGAGCAGCUCAGCAAAGCCGUGUUCCAGGUCGGAGCCACAGCAGCUGAGGAGGGGGACGGUGGGCCUCCUGCAAGGGAACAGACCUCGUCUUUGCAGGGUGACAGCGGUAACGACGGGCCCUCGACCAACAAUAACUCUAUUCAUGGCAGCCCCCUCCCAGAGAGUCCUGGCAACAGAGACACGCCCUGCCAGAGCCCCGACAUCAGCCGCAGAGACGGACUCAAUUUCUGCUCGUCGCCUGACACGGAGGAGCCCCUGACACAGUGA